AUGGCGACGACAGAAACUCCGACGCGACGCGGUGUUCGGUGGGCGUUUGAUGUAGCCAACAGUCCGUUUGGCGGGGCUGCCGAGCCUUCGACUCCAGAAACGAGCACGUCUUCGUUGGCGUAUGUCAAUUCACAAAUCAUCGCCCAUGGAUUUGCGCGUGCCCCGUUGGACUUGUCUGAACUUGGACGAGAGGAACAGAACAGGGUGGUCAAAUGUGUAUUGGGCAUGCUGUCCCAGAGGGUGGAUGAUAUGCAACGUGCCGAAGAUCUGUCGGCCCGGCUGAGAACGAUAUCUUACGAGCAUGAACGAGUGUCUAAUAUGUUACGAGCUGCAAAGAACGAGGUCCUUCAGGCUGAACGCGAGGCCGAGGCUGCAAAGACAAAGGCCAACGCACUAGCAAAAGAUAUCACAUCUGCGCAAACAUCCCACAACCGUACCGCCGCCCAACUCGCCCAGACAACAUCGGCCAAUGCAGCGUUGAGGGCAGCCUCGGCCGCAGACCUCCGCAAACGCGAACAAGACGUCGCUCGGCUGAAAGAGCGAUGGCAGAAGCUUGCUGGCGAGCAGGCUAAGCUCGGGACAGUCGGAGCGGGAUGGGGUGAAGGGGAGGAGGCUGCCGAGGGAGCUAUGCGGGAUGCGAUUGAAGCGCGGGAGAGGCUGGCCGAAGUGAAUGACGAGUUUCGGGAGGUGCUUGUUAAGUUGGUUAAUGUGGUCGGAGAUGGUCUUCGUGAAAAGGAGGUACCGAAUAUCAAACUUCCUACUCCUGCUGCAUUAUUUACACCCCCCGCUAUUGAAGAUGAUGCCGGGCCGGCUCUCAAUGCAUACCGGACACUGCGCGAUCUCAUACAACAGCUGGCAUCGGCCGGUUCGACUCACUCGCCAGACAAGGAGAUCGCAGCCCGCGAAGCAGAACGUGCCAAGGCAGAGAAACACCGACUCGAGAUUCGGGAAUGGGAAGACAAGGUUGAAAAGGUAGAACGGGAGGUUGCGAGGCUCAAGGGAGAACUAGCUGCGAGCAACGAUUUCUGUGAAAAGAGCAGGGUUUUGAUUCAGCAGAUGGUGAAUGAUAAGAAGGCAUUGGAGAAGGAUGUCGAAGACCGUGAUUCGAGCGAAGCAGCAACGAUUGCCGAGCAACGACAGCAGCUCGAAGACGAACGGGCCAAGUUUACGGACGCCGCUAUUCGACUUGCGCGAGAGCGGAGUGAUUUCGAGGUCGAGAGGCUCGCGCUGGCUGAAGAAAAACGAGAAUGGGCGACUCGACAACUGGAAGAAGAUCUCCCGCGGGUAGCAACGUCUGAACCUAAUCCUAAACGGCCUGUACCGGUCGUCGUCGUCGUCUCGGACUCUGGAUCGUCGCCUGUUCCUAUGCAUAGCCACCGCGAGCCGGAACUGGAACCAGAGCCGGAGCCGGUCGAGCGGAACGGGUUGACGGGACAACUGCGUAUGGCGCUUAAAGCUGCCAAAGCGGCCGAAGCGGGAGAACGACCGAAGAAGAGGGGAAAGGCGGCGGCGUCGACGGCAGCGGGGAAGAAGGAAAAAGAAAAGGAGAAGUCCAGGGUAAAGGUCAAGGAAAAGUCUGCGGACAAGGCCAAGGCCAAGACGAAAGAAAAGGCAGGUGCCGGCUCUGAGGAAAAAGAGAACCUUGCGUCGGGCUCAGGUUCAGAUUCUGGCUCUGGUUCUGGUUCCGAGUCUGGCUCUGGCACGACAUCUGUGAAUCCGUUUGCGCCCGCCCCCAAGAUCCCUAGUACGCCGCGAUCGCUGCACCCUGCCGCCCAACGCGCACGCGCACGAAACUAUGCGCCCGCUGUACCGUCGCCUUGUCGAGGAUCAUAA